UUUCCAGAUCAUCGCAACUCCAACACGCAGCCUAGACAGAUUCUUCUUCUUCUUCUUCUCCAAAUCUGACAACAGAUCAUACCAUUCAUUAAUACUGCCUCAAGCGAAUCUCCCUCUGAAGAAGAAUCCUUUAUACCAGUAUCUUUCUUUCUUUCUUUCUUUGUCAACGCCCCUCACAGGGUUUUUAAUCGAAAUCUUUUAAUAAAAUCAAUUAAAUUGGCUUGGAGGGGGUUUUUUUGUGCCAUCAAAUUAAAAAAAAAAAAAAAAGAGAGAAUUAUUUUGGCGAUGAGAAAAUCGAUGAUGAUUGAUUCGUUGAUGAAGACAGAGUUCGUUGCGCGCAUACCCGCGUGAAGCUUUCGUCAUCAUCAUCGUCAUAAAAGACCCCUCUCCUCACACGCAAUCUCAUCUCCCAUCUCUCUCCUCUCAUCUAAUCUAUCUGGAGAUUAGUUCCACCAUCGAAAUCCCCACCCUUGUAUCAUAGAUAGAGGAAACUUUCUAUUGCGCGUGUCCCAUUCUCUUCUCCAAGAUGGAGGUCAAGUUGUGGAACGAUAAGCGUGAGAGAGAAAUGUACGAGAACUUCGCCGAGCUCUACGCUAUCAUCAAAGCCACCGAGAAGCUCGAGAAGGCUUACAUCCGCGACCUCAUCUCCCCAUCCGAGUACGAAACCGAGUGUCAGAAGCUCAUCGUCCACUUCAAGACACUCUCCGCCACGCUCAAGGACUUGGUCCCUAACAUCGAGAGGUUCGCCGAGACGUACAAGAUGGACUGCUCGGCUGCUGUGUACCGGCUCGUGACCUCUGGCGUCCCGGCUACAGUGGAGCAUCGGGCUGCUGCGAUGGCCUCUACUUCGAGCUCUGCUUCCGUUGUUGCCGAGUGUGUUCAGAACUUCAUCACUUCCAUGGAUUCUCUCAAGCUCAACAUGGUGGCUGUUGACCAGGUGUAUCCGUUGCUCUCUGAUCUCUCUGCUUCGCUUCAGAAACUGAGCAUUUUGCCACCGGAUUUCGAAGGGAAGAUGAAGAUGAAAGAGUGGCUGUUGAGGUUGUCUAAGAUGGGAGCUUCUGAUGAGCUCACUGAGCAGCAGGCUAGGCAGCUUCACUUUGAUCUUGAGUCUUCCUAUAACUCCUUCAUGGCUGCUUUGCCUAGUGCUGGUAACUAACCCGUGUGAUGUUUCUGCUCGGAUGCUUUUGUUUUAGACUACUUGGCUUUAGGGUAAUGAUUUUGGUUUGCUGCUACACACUCUGGAGAUGAAUGUUGUGUAGACCUUUCUUUUGUUGUGUAAUGAUCAUGCCAACCCAGGGAAUUGAUUUCUUCUGAAUUGUAUGAAUCUAAACUCUACUUUAUUGCUCUUUUGCUUCUUUCUUGUUAAA